UUCUUUCUUCAAGGGGAGAGUAAGAAGUGAAGAAAGAGUGAGGGCAUCUCCAAAGCAUCACAGUACUAGCAUAGCAAUGGGGACGGAAGGAAAGGGCAAGGGAAAGGGAAAAGGAGGUGUGAACCAAGUCAAUCGGAGGCCAUUUACCCGGACUCAAGCCAAAGCGAUGGCUAACCCUUCAACCCCGGUAAAAAAUUUGGAAUCUCCACCCUCUUCCUCAAAUGCUAUAAGUCUGAGUAACAGCAGACUUCGUCUUAGAUCAUGGAAAUCUGCAAAGAGGUCUGAAGCAACAACAAACAUCACUAUUAAAAAGCUGGGAAAAUCAAUCAAAAAAUCAAUUCCAACAGCUGAAGACAUACAGGAUAUUCAGCAAUCUGACCAGCAGUCAAGUUCUCCUACCACGAUAGAUCUUUGCGCUCUAGUUGACAACAUACUUGUGUGGGUACCUGUAAAGGGAGUUAAUGUGGCUGCUGCCGAUGCCACUGCUCCUAACAUUAUCUCAAGUGAACAGCUAUCCAGGGAGGAAGCUGUAGUGGAAACCAGUGUUUUUGAGAAAUGGCCCAGAGAUAACUUUGGCAAUUCUCACACAAUUGAUGAGGGCGAUGAGGGUCUCAGCCAAUCUCACAAUCUUGGCCUAACAGAAAUUGUCAACACGUUUGCUGAUGCUGCUGCUGGUGAAGAGGUGGAAUCUUCAGCUUUUAAAUCUGCCUUGGUCCCAGUUUUGGGAUACAGAGUGAAAGAAGCAACAGCUCAAAUUCUUAAUGGUAUUCUUCAGAAGCAUGGCGAUAUAGCCGGUGAUUGCACUAUCACAACAGUCGAAAGCCGAUCUUUGUUGUUAGAGAAACUCUGUGACAUAAUGCAAGAGCUGGAACACAAGAAAUUCUCCGAUGUCACAAAAGUUGAAAUUGAGAACAUCUUGACAUGGAUAAAAGCUCUUGAGGGAUUUAAACUGGAUGUUGGCUGGCUUAAAAAAAGGUUGGAAGAUAUUUUGGAGGCAAAGGGGGUGAUCCAGGUUUAUGAAAGUUUGAAGGAGAAGAAGGCUGAAAAAUGUAAAUCCAUUCAAGAAUCAAAAAGGGCACUGAAAUGGUACAAGUCUGCAAUACUAGAGUAUGAGAGCAAGAUACUAGAAUACAAAGCUAAGAUAUUAGAAUGUGAAUCUGCAGUGCAGAAAAUUAAACUAGAGGCUGUUUUAGAACAGGAGAAGCUGGAGGCUACACAGGCUGAGUCAAGAGGGAUCAGAGAGAGAGUUGAGAAUGCACAGGCCAUAAUUGAGCUCUGUACUCAUUGCUCAGUGAUUCAGAAUCUGUACUGAUCUUUCUCAAUAUGGCUCCCAUGCUUGUAGAUGAUGUUGGAUCCCUUAAAUACAACACUAGGUUGUUAGAUUAUGUCCUUUCUCUGUUCUGAAAGAGUAGUUUGCUUUAUGAGACAACGGACUCUAGACUGAAAUUUUGGGCAUAGGAUGUAUUUUGCUCAGAGUCUAGAAUAAUAUUGAUUA